GCAGCAGCAACAGCAGCAGCAAGAAAGUGCCAGCUUGAUCCAAAACAGGCCAAGUGGAACCGGAGGAGAUGUCAUCAUUGGUAAAGGAGGACUUGGAGAAGAAAUUGUUUAAGCCUCUCUCGCAGAAUCUUUAUGAGUUUAUUGAGAUUGAGUUCUCGGUCCAAGACAGGUAUUACCUCUGUGUGUCAGUGACCAAAACUGAUGAAGUAAAAAUAAUUAUGGUGAAGCACUACAGAGUAGGUUUAGAUGAAAAAUAUGAAGUAACAAAAAAGUGGUCUUUGAAUGAUCUACAGAUGAUUGAUGGAAAAGAAGCAGAUACGGACAAUCCAUUUUUUGAUCUGCACUUCAAGAAAGUGUACAGUUUGGAGGCAUAUAGCUGUGCUUCUAAGUACUCCUUUGCUCGAACUGUGAAUAAGCUGAAUCAUGCAUAUCUUAAGAAGGACUUACGGAUUGUGAACUUCGACUCUACUUACAUUAAUGAUGAUUCCAUUUGGUCCUCCAACAACAAGGAUUGCCUGGUCCUCAUGAGAAUAUGCUUUUAUGCUUUCAAUCUUGUGUGCUUAUCCCUAUGUCCCCUACCACUUUGAAGAUGAAUUCCACAUCCCUUCUCCAAUG